AUGGCAAAACAGGGCAAAAAAGUGAGGAAUAAGUCCUCCAAGGCGAUCACAGGGUCUCUCAAGGAUCUUGACCAGAAGAGGAAGCAGGUCUUCAAGCCUGUAUUGGAUAAUCCAUUCACACAGUCUAAUCUAUGGCCAUUUAUUAAGCCUGAGUUGGCAGAACAGAUAAUUCAGCUUUUAGAACUUAUAUUGGCUCCAAUUGGCAACUACUAUAAGCUUCUGCGAGAAAUCAAGCAGUCAGGUCGAGAAAUCGCUGUAAAACCACCAGUCCCUCACAAUUACCAUGACAUUUUAGUAGGCUUCAAUAGCACAGUUUCGUCUCUAGAAAGACAGGCAAGGAGGAGAAUAAUAAGUUUUAACGACAAAAAUGCCGCAACAACGGCUGAGAAUACCACUCAAAAGUACUUUAAAUAUGUGUUUGUAACCAAGUAUGAUAUCACUCCGACGGUUAUCACUAGCAUGUUUCCCAUGUUAACGUAUACUUCUUCUCGUUCCAGCUCAGAUCGUGUUAAAUUGGUGCAACUUCCGCGAGGAGCUCUGACGAGGAUUUCUGAAGUUCUCGGUAUCGAGAACAGUGGCAUUGUAGCUUUGACAGCAGAUAUCGUCGAGGCUACUGGACUCUACCAAUUGAUAGAUAGCGAGGUAGCAGACGUAAAUAUACCCUGGCUCCAACAACUCUUGGAUGAGGACCAUCUUACUGACUUGGAGUCGCUAGCUAGCAAGUUUCUCGCUACGAGUGCACCUGUGCUUCCUAAGAAAAACGACCAGAAGGCGAAAAAUAGGGAGGAGAAG